AUGAAUCCCGCGACGCCCCAGCGUCCGCUCCCCGGCGCCUUCAUGAUGACGCCUGGCCCGCAGUCGCGCCCGGCCCAGCCCGUUUUUCGCGUCAACACCGCUCCAGUAAAUCCUCCACAGCAACUUCAGCAGCCGCUGGUACCUGCGCCUGCGCCGCCGCCGCCGCCGGCGGCUCCUGCCGUUCAGCAGCAGCAGCCCGAGAUCCAGCCCAUUGAACGCGCUGCGAGGACCGUCAACGACACGUUGACCCAGGAAGCGAGAUACCCGGACCUGGACAGCUAUAUAACGCAGGGAAUAUCUUCCGACUAUGACAUCCCCAACAGCAAUUCGCUGGCGCCCUUUCAGCAGGUCAAGACGUACAACAUCCCUGACCGGAUAUUCGAGCAGUACAACGAGGCCCAAGUAUCCACCAUGAUGGGUCUGUUCGCCGAGCUCGGCCAUGCCUGGGUCUUCAUAGAUAACGCGCUGUACCUCUGGGACUACACGCUUCCAAAUCCCGACCUCAUCGGUUUCGAGGACCAGCCGAACAUCAUCACCGCCGUGAAGCUGGUCAAGCCCCGCGCAAAGGUCUUCGUCGACGCGAUUACGCACCUUCUUGUCGUAGCCACCACCACCGAGAUGAUCUUGAUUGGCGUCGCGUAUAGAAAGACUCCGGAGGGCGUCAACGAGGUUGCACUGUACCAGACCAACAUGCGGGCAUCGAUACGGGGCAUCGGCGUCAGAUGUAUCGAGGGCUCUGCGAAGUCGGGCAGGAUCUUCUUCGGCGGGGAGGUCACGGACGACGUGUACGAACUCACGUACCAGCAGGAGGAGAGAUGGUUCGGCAGCAAAUGCGGCAUCGUCAACCACGUUAACAAGUCCAUGAUCAACUACGUCAACAACUCCCUUAAGCUGUCGUUCGGCGCGGCAAUGCUGAAGCCCGUUAUUGGCCUUGUCCAGCCAGCAUCGAGGGAGCAUGUGGUCCAAAUGGUGGUGGACGACAGUCGUAACCUGCUCUACACCCUCUCAAGCCUGUCUGCGAUACGCGUCUUCCACAUGAAGAACAUGGCUUCGUUGGACUGUGUAAUUACUAGGAAUUUUUCCACCAUCAGGACACAGAUCGGUCACAUGGUUGCUGCUUCUGAGCUCAUAACCUCCCAGACGCAGCUGGCUUCUCUGAUCCCCAUUUCGGCCACCGAGGCCUCGAGACUAAACCUCAUGGCCACGACCAACACAGGCUGCCGCAUUUUCCUCAGCGCUACUUCCGGCGGCUUUUAUUCCACUGACAUCACCAGUGCUCCGAGCAGCAUGCAAGUACACCAUGUCAAGUUCCCUCCGGGCAGAACCAACGACCCUGCGAAUCAAGCCCCGCCCGUCCAGCAAAUUGGAGGCUACCAGGUUACCUCCAUCGACACCAACUCCCGCAACUUGACCGUCACUACCAAGGCCGCACGCUUCGCACCUGGCUACUUCCUCUGCUUCGUUCGGGACGAAGUCUCGCAAGCUGAGAAGCUUUUCCUUUCUUCUCCGGAUUCGGGGAGGAUCGCACGGCCAGCCGAGCCGGCGCAGAUCCCGAGGUUUUACGAAAAGGGCCAGUGGAUUCCGCUUGGUAGCAACAUGCAGGCUGUUGGCUUGGUCACAGAGCCGUUCGGCGCAACGAGCACGCCGCUCGGCUUUGGGAACGAGCUCGCGGUCCAGUUCGACAAAGCCACGAGCGAGUUCGCCAUCCUGACCAACACGGGUGUGCAUACGAUCCGUCGUCGCAGGCUCGUAGAUGUGUUCGCAGCUGCUGUCAAGUCUGGUGGCGGAGAGGAUGGUCUCGAGACGGAAAUUAAGAACUUCGUGCGGGUCUAUGGACGGAGCGAGACGUGCGCGACUGCGCUUGCCGUGGCGUGCGGCCAGGCUUCGGAUGUCACGCACGAUUACCGGGUGGCCAAGCUGACAGACAACGAGACCCUAGAGUUUGCCCGCAAAGCAUUCAUCGAGUAUGGUGGGAAGCCAACAUACAACGAGAAUCUGCAGCUGGACAACAACGCGGACCGUCUGGACAACGUUCGCCCCUCGCCUCGCCACGACGGCGUGGCUCUUUACAUAUCCCGUCUUCUCCGUUCUGUAUGGAAGGUUCCCAUCCUGAUGGAAGGCGUGAGCGCCGCAGGCGGGUUUGAAGUAACACCUACUGUCGAGCUGCCGAAGCUUCAGAGCAUCCAGCGUGACCUCACACACCUUCAGGAGUUCCUCGAAUCUAACAAGAGCUUCAUUGAGGGCUUGGCUGGUCCCGAGGCUCUUGGCCGGGUGGCGACUCCCCAGGAAGAGAUUGCUCUGCGUGGCGAGCACCGUGCUAUGAACUCACUUGUCAAGCUGCUUUUAAACGUAAUCGAGGGCAUCUCAUUUGUUCUGGUCUUGUUCGACGAAAAGGUCGACGAGAUUGUUCUCUCUCUCCCCGAGGACGUCAGAGGCAAGGUCCGCCAGCUGACGUUUGAGAACUUGUUUGCUGUUCAGGAAGGCAGGGACUUGGCCAAGGAGCUGGUAAAGGCCAUCGUCAACCGCAACAUUGAGAAGGGUUCGAACGUCGACACUGUUGCCGAAGCUCUUAGGAGGAGGUGUGGCAGCUUCUGCAGCGCCGACGAUGUCGUCAUCUUCAAAGCUCAGGAGAAGCUGAGGAAGGCUCAGGAUGCGGGAGCAAAUUCCGAGACCGGACGCCAACUGCUCAACGACAGCUUGAAUCUGUUCCAGAAGGUUGCCUCCAGCCUGUCAAUGGAGCACCUGCAAGGCGCAAUAGAGCAGUACAUUGGCAUGUCUUUCUUUGCUGGUGCCAUUCGUCUCACCCUAAAGGUUGCUCAGCAACUGGAUCGCGGCAACAAGGCUCUCGGCUUCAUCAAAGACAACAUGCUUCCCAAUGAUCCGAGGAGGAAGGAGUUCGAGUCACGCAAAGCGUGCUACAACCUAGUUCAUAACAUCAUCAUCGCGGUAGACACGGCAGCGCAAACGGAGCCAGAAACCAUAGACGGCCAAAUCACCCCCACUUACAGGAGGAAACUGGAAGCUUAUGACGAAAUCAACAACUCCGCCGAUGAGGUUUUCCAGACCGACCUGUUUGACUGGUACUUGGAACAGGGCUGGAGUGACCGCUUGCUGGAGAUCACCUCCGACUACGUCAUCAGCUACUUGAAGCGGAAGUCGAUCGAAGAGGCCAGACAUGCGGAUCUGAUGUGCAGGUAUUAUGCGCACCACCAUCGCUUUUUCGACGCUGCAGAUGUGCAGCUUCAGCUUGCAAAGAGUGGAUUCGACCUGUCGCUCGAGCAUCGUAUUCGCUAUCUCAGUCAGGCCAAGACGAACGCAUCUACGCGCUUAACUGGCUUGGGUGAUGCUCCAAUGUCGAGGCAAUCGCGACAAGAGCUCUUGCGGGAAGCCUCGGAUCUACUUGACCUGGCUAACAUUCAGAGCGAUAUCCUUGAUCGGAUGAGGGGCGAACGUCGCCUGUCUCCCGAGAGGAAGCCAGAGAUCAUCAGAAGUCUGAAUGGGCAGAUUCUGCCCUUGGAUGAUCUCUACGGCAACUUCGCCGACCAGGCCGGCUACUACGACCUUUGCCUCCUCAUCUACCAGGUUGCCGAUCACCGCGAUCUCUCCAACAUCCGGGCCACCUGGCAGAACCUUCUUGAGCAAACGCAUGAGGCGGCCGUGCUCCAGAACCAGCGACCGUGGGAGGUGGUGGCGGAGGCUGUGCGCGAGCUCGGCGCCCGGCUACACCUGUCGGACACGACGUUCAACAUUCCGACCGUGCUACCCUUGCUCGAGACGUACGCCUUCACGCACCAGCGCGGGGCAGGCCCGCAGACGUGGGUGGUGGACAUCUUCAUGGAUCUGUUGGUGCCGCACGAUCAGAUCGUGGCGGUGCUGGAGAGUGUGUUUUACAACAACGAGGCGCCCUUCGUCGGGCGGCAGCGCAAGUGGAUCGCACACGACCUGGUGCAUGUGGUGGAUGCAUGGUUCAACGACAGCACGCGCGGUGGCGGGUACGCGUUUGGCGGGGUGGAAAACGCGGCCAUGGUGCAGGAGCUGCUGCGCGUGGUCGAGGAGAGUGGAUGCCUGGAGAGGGAGUGGAUGGGCUUGGCCGUCGAUCUGAGGGCGAGGAUUGAGAUGGUCUUGAGGUAA